GAAUAAACUGCUCAUUGCUUAUAGGACAGUCAUGCCAUUUUUGGGCCAGGACUGGAGAUCCCCAGGAUGGAGAUGGAUUAAAACGGAAGAUGGCUGGAAACGAUGUGAAUCUUUCGAUCCAGCGCUUGAAGAUGAGAAGGCCCAACUUAGUGAUAUCAGUCACGCUAUCAUCUUAACAGUUGAUGAUGAAGACAUAUGCAAUACUGAAGAUUGUGAAUUUGCAGCCAAGAAAAGGAAAAAAGACCACUUUAGGAAUAACGCAAACUCACAAUGUUUUUAUCGUGAAAAAUGGAUUUAUGUUCAUAAAGAGAGCACCAGAGAAAGACAUGGUUAUUGCACCCUUGGAGAAGCUUUUAAUCGUCUAGAUUUUUCAAGUGCGGUUCAGGACAUCAGGAGGUUUAAUUAUGUGGUCAAACUUUUGCAGUUAAUCGCAAAAUCUCAGCUAACUUCACUGAGUGGUGCAGCACAAAAGAACUACUUUAAUAUUUUGGACAAAAUAGUGCGAAAGGUUUUGGAAGACCAGUACAAUCCACGCUUAAUCAAAGAUCUUCUUCAGGAUUUGAGUUCUGCGCUCUGUAUACUGAUUAGGGGAGUAGGAAAAUCGGUAUUGGUUGGGAACAUUAAUAUUUGGAUUUGUCGAUUAGAAACUAUCCUUACGUGGCAACAACAGCUGCAAAAUCUUCAGAUGAACAAGCAAGUCAACAAUGGUCUUACGCUUAGUGACCUCCCUCUGCAUAUGCUGAAUAACAUCCUAUACAGGUUCUCAGAUGGCUGGGACAUUAUUACUUUAGGUCAAGUGACUCCAACACUGUACAUGCUCAGUGAAGACAGACAGUUAUGGAAAAAACUUUGCCAGUACCAUUUUGCAGAAAAACAGUUCUGUAGACAUUUGAUUCCAUCAGAAAAAGGUCACGUUGACUGGAAGCUGAUGUAUUUUGCACUUCAGAAAUGUUAUCCCAUAAAGGAGCAAUAUGGAGACACUUUGCAUUUCUGUCGGCAUUGUAGUAUUCUGUUUUGGAAGGACUACCACCUUGCUUUGUUACUCAAGGAUACAGGACAUCCUUGUACAGCCAACGACCCAGAAACCUGUUUUAUGCCAGUUUCUCCUCAGCAUUUCAUCGAUCUCUUCAAAUUUUAGGCUGGGUAAUAGCUGUUUCUGUCUCUCUCUACUUUUGGUCAUCUCUGUAGUGUCUGCAGUGUAUUAUGCUUUUUGUGCAAUAUCUUUUUGUUGAACAUAAUUAUUUCAUUGUUUUAAAAAAGUGUGCUGGUAAGGAAAUCUUGGACAAGUGUAUUGCAUAUGCUAUUUGUGGGCAGAAAAGGACUGAAGAGGAAUAAAUGCUGAAGAGGAAAGCUGCAGUCUAUAGAAACGUUUGCAAAGGGCUCCUUGAAGUCCAAGGAAAAGAAAGUAGAUUUAGUCCUACCUUGCAGUCUAUUCUGCAUUGAUUUUGACAUUUCAUGAAGGUGACCAGCUUCAAACAUAUUGGAGGGAAAUUUUGAUGGAAGGGCUAAACUGUUCUUGGACUGACCAAGAGCAAUUUGUGUUAUUUCCUUGAGGUAAGCCACCAUUUUUCAAGCUCUCACAUAUAAUUUGCACAUUUUCAUAAAUAGCCAGCUGAUUCCUUCUUUGAUUGCUUCACGUUAGCAAGUUUGUCCUAGUCUUUGUAAGUUUGUGAAUAAAUUGUACUUGUGUGUGCGUGUUGUUGAACAAAUUAUGAAGGAAACCAAGUUCUGUAUAUACAUUAUGCAAAAUAUUUAUUUUUCCUAAAAGGUAUUUUAUUAACCACAUCAAACCUGUCUGAGCACACUCUAAACUUAAAAAGCGUGGGAGAUUAACCAAUGGCUGUUGGAGAACACUGGAUUUUUCUGGUGAUUGCCAGUCUUCAGUUGUAAUGGUUUUGCUGUCAGCAAUACUGUAGUAAGAUUUCUAGACAUCCUGUAAAAAAGGACAUGUUACUAAGGACUCCAGUAUAGCGGCAUUACCUUGUAGUAGUAACUGAGGCUCUAAUUUGGAAAAUCCCUCCGAACUAGGGAAAGCCAGCUUGUUGAUCUGGAGCACCUCCUGCUGGUGAAUCAGAAAUAAUAGUUCUGUAGGAAAUGACUUCCUUACAAUUUAGAAACUGAAAAUGACAACAUUAAAGAGGCUUACUUAUUUGGCAUAAGAAAAAAAACAACAAAAUUAACUUUUCUUCUUGCAGUGAUCAUUUACCAACAGCAUGUAAAAUACAAACAAAAUACAAAAUGUAAUAUAUUCUAAAUUGGCUUGUUUUGAAUCUAAUUUUGUACAAAGUG